AUGGAGAUGACGCAGUCGGAGCAGAGCAGAAGCAUUGGGCCGGCCGCGCCAGAGAUUCGCUUAUUUCACCCAUCCGCCGGGAAUGGGCAAUGGCCGGAGAUCUUCGGAGGCUCCCUUCUGCUCCCAGACUGGGCCUUGCUUGCGGCGCGCUGCGCUAUGGCCUUGUUCUUCCUCGUCACUUUGCUGGUGGACGGACUGGAAACCCAGGACGGUCUCCAUUUUCUGAUUUAUUUGACGCGCUGGAGCUUCAUUCUCGAAGCCUUGUACUUCUUGGUGGCGGUCUACGUGACGCUGAAAGCGCGGCAAGCCACCAAGAGGCCUGACGACUCCAACACCUCUCAGGAGCUUUGCAAGCUGCCAAUGUCAGUUCGGGCAAUGUCCUUGCUCUGGACUUUGGCCUUCCCCACUUCUGUCCUGGUGUGCUUGUGCUUCUGGACCCUCAUCGACCCUAUCUGGAACCAAACCAUGCCCGUGGACUAUGUGACGGUGUGCGAGCAUUUCGUGAACAUGCUGGUAUUUCUGGUUGAGUUCCUGGUGAACCGCAACAUCUUCUACAUGAAGCAUGGGGUUGUCAUGUACAUCUAUGCCGGCCUGUACAGCUUGUGGAGCCUCCUGCACUACCUCCUGAAAGUGGGUGUUGCACCCCACAUGGCGUGUCAUUCGUAUCCAUUGGACGAAUGCCCCAUCUACCCCGUCUUGGACUGGCACAAGCCAGGGAGGACUAUCAUGGUGACUGCAGGAGUCGUCGUGAUGUGCGUCAUCAUCCAGCUAGGGAUCUGGAAAUGCACUGGUGUGAAGGACCGUCGACUUGCGACGGCCCCUGUGGAGCACAGGUUCCUCAACACAGCAUAG